AUGACGUACAGAGAAAUCAAUUUCUUCAAGGGUCACCCGAGCUCGAGGUUGCUGCCUCGAGAGGCUGUGAUUCAAGCGACUGCGGCUAUACUGGGUCCCGAGACCAGGGAGUACGAUAAGGACCCCUAUAAUAGGCAUCCGCUGACAUACGGUUCUGAUGAAGGUGCCCUGUGGGUACGAGAGCAGAUCUGUACGUUUUUGAAUGAUCAGGUAUUCAAGUUCAAAAAUGGGGCUCGGAGCAGGACACAGGCAGAUUAUUUGAAUUUAAACAGCGGCGCUUCGUAUGGCAUGCUGAACAUCCUUCUGCAAACAACCUUGCCACAUAACGGGUACACUAGGCAGGCGUUCAUUAUUACGCCAACGUAUUUCUUGAUUAAUGAUUGUUUCACAGACGCGGGAUUCAAGGGGAAGAUGACCGCUAUCAACGAGCAGGGCCACAACUCGAUUGAUUUCGAGUCGUUGGUUUCCGCCCUUGACCAGCACGAGGCGGAGCCCCAGCCCCACAGUACCACAGAGAUUAUCCAGGGGCCAAAGUUGACCAAGAAAGUCUACAAGUAUGUUAUGUACUGCAUCCCGACGUUUGCGAAUCCAUCGGGAAAUACAUACUCGCUUGAGACCAGGCGCAGACUCGUCGAAAUCGCUCGGAAGUACGACAUGCUGAUCAUCACGGAUGACGUGUACGAUAUUCUAGAUUACACGACCCCCUCGGAUGAGCUGCCUUCUCCGCCUUUGAGGAUGGUGCACAUAGAUAGAAGUACGGCGUCUUUGGGCGAAGACUCGUUUGGAAAUACGAUCUCUAAUGCGACUUUCUCCAAACUGAUUGCCCCCGGGCUCAGAUUCGGAUACCACGAAUCCAUCAAUGCGAAUCUCGCCAGACAGCUGUCUAAAGGUGGCGCAAACGUCUCUGGCGGAACUCCCUCACAACUCAACUCCAUGAUCGUGGGAGAGUUACUGCGUAGUGGCGCCGCCCAGAGGUGCAUUGCACAUUUGAGAUCCGUAUACUCCGAAAGGGCCUCUAUCUUGACCUCUGCGCUCAAGAAAUACAUGCCUUUAGGAACCGAGAUGCCGCCACUGAAAGGCGGCUAUUUCGCCUGGAUCACCCUGCCACCAGCGUACAAUGCCAUGGAGAUAUCAACCAUUCUGGCCAAGAAGUUCAAUGUCAUCCUUGCCGACGGCUCGAACUUCGAGGUCAUCGGCGAUGAGAAAAACUGGGGUCAGUCAUCCUUUAGGCUUUCUGUCAGCUUCCUAGAGGUUGAUGAAAUUGAAAGGGGGAUUGAGCUCUUUGGUGCUGUUUGCAAAUCUCAUGCAAUCACUAAUAACAUAGUUAUGUAG